CCUCCAUUUCCCAUCUCCAGGCGCUCCCAGGCUGCCUUUUCGAUAUUCCCCAGGACCCCAGAUUCCCCCCGCAUUGCCACAGCCCUUGCAAGGACUUUUUCCCAUUGCUGCUGCUGCUGCUGCUGCCCGCGGUCUUCCAUCCCGUUGUUCAUCCUGAUACCACUGUGAGUGUGAGAUGGCGCCAGCCUCGUACGAUCGUUGAUCCGCGGUCCAUUCCCCUCCGCAAUGCCUCUGCGUGCCUUGUGGCACAGGUAGGUAGCUCCUUGACGACGACUCCACGGUCGGCCACACCCAAAGGAUGCCGCCCAGGAAACGCGAGGGCAACGAUGCGGACUCCUUCACUGCCCCCGCGGCCUCAACGCCGGCCAAGCGACAGAGAGUCUCCCUUGCCUGCGACUCGUGUCGCACCGCCCGGGAGAAGUGCGACGGCAACCGCCCUCACUGCGGCACCUGCACCGCGCAGAACCGGCCCUGUUCCUAUACCCCUGCGUCGCGCAAGAGAGGCGUGCAGACGGGAUAUCUGCGUACCAUAGAGCUCUCUCUCGCCUGGCUGUUUGAGCAGGUUCCCGGCUGUGAAGGAGCGCUGCAUCAGCUGCUCACCCAGAACGAAGGCGCCGAAGGAGCCCGCAUUCUGGCUACCAAAGACAAGGCCGGCCAUCGACUCUAUCGAAGAUGGAGCAAGAGCCGGAUCCACAAAGAUAUUGGGAGACUUCUCUCUGAUGAGAAAACCCCUCGGACGGACACUUCGGCAGACGACUCGGAGACAGAGGAGGGCAUCAGCCCCGCCAACCCCUUCCUCUUCGACGCCAAACCAUCUCCCGACUUCUCUGUUCACGGGGUAGGUCCAUCGCAGGGAACUCUAUCCGCAAGCUCAUAUGCGAUGCGACCAGCAACUUCUCCGGAGUCUGCCCGGUUGAUACUACCCCCCGACUGGGAGCGCCUCGUCGACAUCUACUUCACCUACACUCACUGCUGGUUCCCCAUUAUCGAUCGGGAUGCCGUCAUCAGCACUGCCAUGAGAUAUCCCCCCGAAGGUCUUAAACUUGACCCAAACUACUCCUCCGCUCUCCACGCCCAGUUGUGGGCUGUGUUGGCUGUUUCUUCAUUCCAGGACGCAGCUUCUCCCAAGCAAUCUCAUGAUGGAACCCCUUCCCCGAGCAGAAUCUACUCCAUCGCCCGCGGUCUCAUUCCUCCCGAUGACGGCAACUUCGAAACCCCUCAUAUAUGUGCUCUCCUUCUCCAAUCUCUGGUUCUUCUGGGACAAACGAAAAGCAAAGCGGCGUGGCUGUUGAUCGGGAAGGCGUCGCGCCUGGCUUUGAGCAAUCGAUCAGCCAAUACACACAUGUUUCCAGUCAGACAAGGCAGCGAAGCUUCCCUCAAUGACUCGGAAACGCGAGUAAUAGCUGGCGCAUUCAUGCUGGAUACGCUGGCAUCACUUUGUCUUGGCCACCCAGAAGUGACCACAGGUAUGCGCUCCAGCUUGCCCUCGGACACUUUGGUUGGUCUCGUAGACCCGGAUGAAGCAUGGGCUCCUAUUCCCGGGCUUGGCCCGACCUCGGACGACAGAGCUGCAUCGUCCCAGACUCCUGCACAGCCCUUGUCCACUUUCCGACAGCUGUAUGCCUUCUCCAAACUUUGGGCUGCGAGCAUGGACGCAAGACUGCAUGAUAGUCCCACUUACCGAAGAAUCACACCAGAGGACUUGGUGAAGAGCUUGGAUACGCGAUUUUCCUUUUGUAAUUCCCUCAUCUUCGGGGGCUCGACUCCAACGGUGCCUUCAGCUUUCCUGCUGCAGGGCAUGUUCUUGACGGUUACGUUGGACCUGGUGCCGGGACACAGGCCAUCCCUGUUUUCGAAUCUGUUGGAGGUUGUCGAGUCAUGUUUAGAAAACUUUGGGUCUUCCGGAACGCCACCGCUCAUGAUUACGCUCAUGGAGAUUGUGCAACGGCAUGGGCACAGCGAACGAAUGCAUGAGCACGACAAGAAUAGAUGGAAAGCGGCAAUGGAAAGCCUCCGGAGUGUAUGGGAAGCCGAUACAUCAAUGGGAGAUGGCACUGAGAGGCACCCAAACACGGCCGCCAUAGUGGAGCCACCAGUCGCUCACCGAAUAGUCGGUCCUCCGUUCAUGGAAGAGCUAUCAACCGCGACCUACCACGCGGCACACAGACCAGCGAGCAUUUCAGGGGAAGCAGACGUACGAGACCUUACCCGGCUGCCGCCACAACAGCAACAACACAAGGAGCAGGCUCUACUAUCAUACGAGCGGCAUAGGUAUGCUGCCGCCGCCAACUCGGACGCGAGUCCCGGAACGUCACAGUCGCUGUACACGGCGACGCCAACUCUGACGUUCCAGUCCCCUCCGUUAAGUGGAGGGCACACCAUUCCGAUUUUUCACCACCCAGGCAUGCCGGGACAGCUGGUGGAUUACGACGCAAUCCUGGAAGAACUUGGAUCCAUCGACUGCGGGGACAGCAUAGAUGUGGAUCCGCAAUUCAUGACCAACUUGGGGUUCGCGCCAGGCUGUGACUUGGGCGAGAUGUUUCAAGGGGAUUUUGGUACAUGAGCUGUAAAGCCUUGUUUUAUUUAAUAAAAUAAAUGAAUUGCAAGUCUGUAUGAAGGAUGAGUACUACGAAUAUUGGGACAGGAGUCAAAUGUCUGUUUUGUUUAAUGCCAUAGAAUAUUAGACUCUUGAUGAAGAGGGUAAACACUAAAAAGCAGUCUCCAUGAA